GCUCCUCGGACUCUGCCAGGAGCCGACCUCGGGGGCGCGGGGUCCAGCGGUAGUCGGAUCCAGGUCAUGGCGGUCCCGAGGCGUGCGCCCGCAGCGGGAGCCAGGCCUAGGUUAGAUCUGCAGUUUCUCCAGCGGUUCCUGCAGAUACAGAAGGUUUUAUUUCCCUCUUGGUCAUCACAAAAUGCCUUGAUGUUCCUGACCCUUUUGUGUGUGACCCUACUGGAACAAUUGGUAAUCUAUCAGGUUGGCUUGAUUCCCAGCCAGUACUAUGGGGUCCUGGGAAACAAAGACUUGGAUGGAUUUAAGAAUCUGACAUUCCUGGCUGUCAUGUUCAUCGUUCUCAACUCCAUGCUGAAGAGCUUUGACCAGUUCACCUGCAACCUGCUGUAUGUGAGCUGGAGGAAGGACCUCACCCAGCACCUCCACCGCCUCUACUUCCGGGGCCGCGUGUACUACACCCUCAACGUGCUGCGCGAUGACAUCGAUAACCCGGACCAACGCAUCAGCCAGGAUGUGGAGCGAUUCUGCCGGCAGCUCAGCAGCAUGGCCAGCAACCUGAUCAUCUCCCCCUUCACCCUGGUUUACUACACUUACCAGUGCUUCCAGAGUACAGGCUGGCUUGGGCCCUUGAGCAUCUUCGGGUAUUUCCUCCUGGGAACCAUGGUGAACAAAACCUUGAUGGGGCCCAUUGUGGCGAAGCUGGUACAGCAGGAGAAGCUGGAGGGGGAUUUUAGGUUCAAGCACAUGCAGAUUCGGGUGAAUGCCGAGCCUGCUGCUUUCUACAGAGCUGGGCACGUGGAGCACAUGAGGACAGACUGCAGGCUGCAGAGACUUCUCCAGACCCAGAGGGAGCUGAUAUCCAGGGAACUCUGGCUGUACAUCGGUGUCAACACCUUUGACUAUCUGGGCAGCAUCCUGAGUUACAUUGUCAUUGCGAUCCCCAUUUUCAGUGGGGUCUAUGGAGACCUGAGUCCCACAGAACUUAGCACAUUGGUCAGCAAGAAUGCCUUUGUGUGCAUCUACCUCAUCAGCUGCUUCACCCGCCUCAUUGACCUCUCCACCAUACUCUCGGACGUGGCUGGUUACACGCACAGGAUUGGGGAGCUUCAGGAGACCCUGCUGGACAUGUCCUUGAAGUCACAGGACUGCGAGAUCCUGGGCGAGAGCGAGUGGGGCUUAGACAAGGCCCCAGGGUGGCCAGCAGCACAGCCAGCAGACACGGCUUUCCUCCUUGAGCGGGUCUCCAUCUCAGCCCCUUCCUCUGAGAAGCCCUUAAUCAAGGAUCUGAGUCUGAAGAUCUCAGAGGGGCAGAGCCUGCUCAUCACGGGCAACACCGGCACUGGCAAGACCUCCCUGCUGCGGGUCCUGGGAGGCCUCUGGGCAAGCACACGGGGCUCAGUGCAAAUGCUGAUGGACUUUGGGCCCCAUGGGGUUCUUUUCCUGCCACAAAAGCCAUUCUUCACUGACGGGACCCUUCGGGAGCAGGUAAUAUAUCCCCUGAAGGAGAUCUACCCGGACUCAGGGUCUACAGAUGAUGAGAGGAUCAUGAGGUUCUUAGAAUUGACAGGCCUGUCCAGUUUGGUAGCAAGGACAGAGGGCUUGGAUGAGCAGGUCGAUUGGAACUGGUAUGAUGUUCUGUCCCCAGGGGAGAUGCAGAGGCUCUCCUUCGCCCGCCUCUUCUACCUGCAGCCAAAGUUCGCAGUGCUUGAUGAAGCCACCAGUGCCCUGACAGAGGAGGUGGAGAGCGAGCUCUACCGCAUGGGCCAGCAGCUGGGAAUGACAUUCAUCAGCGUGGGACAUCGGCACAGCCUUGAAAAGUUUCAUUCCUUGGUUCUGAAACUUCAUGGAGGAGGAAGAUGGGAACUGACCAAGAUUAAAAUGAAAUGAAGUCAAGGAUAUGGACAACCACUGGAAGGAGAGCUGCACUCCAGGCAUGUCGCAGUCCCCAGGGGAGACCAGGAGGACUGACAGCAAGAAUCAUCCUCAGUGCCAAACAGGGUCACAUGGGGCCUACUGCAGGAACUUGGCAGUGGUGGGCUCAGCCCAGGUAUGGGCCUCUAUGGGAGACACUGAGCCUCAGCCAGAGCCUCUAUAUAUUUGAGAUGCCGAUUGCUUAUAAAUUACCUCUAAUUAUGUGUGCUAAAGAGAAAUCAGAAAGUGUGGGGUCUAUAAGAUAAAAAGUCAGGACAGAAAGAACAUUUGACUUGGAGUCAAGAGAUUCAGAAAUAUUUUACUCUUAAAUCAGUUAAAUUUUGCAGUAAUAGGUUUUUUUAACUUCAAUUAACCACUUUUAUCACUUUUUUAAAAAGAAAAUUUAAACAUUACGAAAAUGUGGGGUUUUGGCGUUUUUCUCUGGCUUUGCUAUUAUGGAAUGAUCUUUUUUACUGACUCUCCAGCCUUGUAUCUGAGUACUUGGAGGAAGGAGGCAACAGCCUCCACUCUGCUAGAAUCUUCUGUCCGUGAUCGCUCGCUUCUCACUACAUCUCCCUUUCCGCCCUUCCUUCAGUGUGGUGUGGAUUAGUACCUGAGCCACUAACCCUAGUGCCCUUCUGUCUUCACCCAGAUGGAAAAAAUCUCUUUCCACUUCUCAGCUAAAAUAAGGCUGGGGCCGGGCAUGGUGGCUCGUGCCUGUAAUCCUAA